UAAACGGACCAUGAGUUUCCUACAGACUGAGAGCUGCGGAGGUGAAAGUGUACAACAGCCUAGGAGCACUAUUGUGUUGUCAUGCCUGACAGGUCGAAGUGUGUCGUCGUUCUUCGCAGCCAGAAAGACUUUACAGACUGACCGCUGCUCCUCCCAGGCCUCCUCCUCCUCCUUCCCCCCCCUCCCCCGUUUCUGAUUAAACUGCUGUGGCUGCACUGACCGGCCGGUUUGACUUGAUUUAGUUCAUCUGGGAGAACAUGGAGCCCUUCUCGGACCAGUUCAUGGAGUUCCACCCCGUCCACGGAGCCAACGUCAGACUGGACCCGUCCGGAACCCAAGCCACCCGGGUGGAGAGCUUCGCCAACGGGGUUUGUUUCAGCAAACACCCGCUGAAGCCGGGCAAGAUCUUCCUGGUGGAGAUUGAGGACAAGGAGCUGGGCUGGUGUGGUCACCUCCGCGUAGGCCUCACCGCCAGAGACCCCGGCGUGCUGGACGUGGUCCCCGAGUACUCCCUACCGGACCUGACCGACUUGGGCGACAGCUGGGUCUUCGCCAUCACGCGCAACCACAACAAGGUCGUAGAGGAAGCAGCCGAGGGAGAAGGGCCAGCAGGGGGUAGGCGGUUAGGACGUGGAGAGGAGGAAGGUGGAGAGGGGGGAGAGGAGGAGGCGGGCAACACAAGACCCAAAACAUUCUUCACAGACUCCCACCUGUUCAUUGAAAACGUCUGCAUCCCCAGAGACAAGCUGGUGGGCCGCAGUCGGCGCCGCUUCAGCCACAUCCUGGAUGACUUGUACAGGACCAACGCCCUGCCGCCCACCGCCAGACGCAGCCGCAUAGGAGUGCUGUAUGUGCCGAAGGGGCGGGGCUUGGCUGACAUGCACAUCGUCAUCAACGGAGAGGACAUGGGCCCCUCAGCAAAGGGCCUCCCCACAGAUACGCCGCUGUACGCCGUGGUCGAUGUCUUCGCCGCCACAAAGUGCGUCCAGAUCGUCCAGGUGGAGUAUGGAUUCUCCUCCCUGCAGACGUUGUGUAGGAAGGCCAUUCAGAAGCACAUAGUUCACAGGAUGGCUAUUGACUGGCUGGAGCUGCCGGAGAAGUUAAAGCACUUCUGUAAAUACGAGUGAGGAAUAAAACUGACGGACAGGAAGCCCUGAAACUGACCCGCUGCUGUGAGACGGACGCGUCCGCCAGAAACCCUCCGCCGCCUCCAAAACUGCUGUCCAUAUAGACCACGUGGAGGCGGGUGCCAGUUUGAUGCUUGGUGACUGAUGAGUAUCGGUGUCCAAAAUCAACGGUUUUUAUCUCUGUCGAUGUCUGUCAGCAGGGGUAAACCUGGUGGGUUGUCGGAGGUAACAUUUUUAAACGGGAAAAUAAAUUCAGAAUCUGUUUUAGUCCAUUAAGUUUUCACACUACCAGAAAGUUGACUGCUCACUGUGACCCUUAAAUUUACAAUGUAAAAACUGAGAAAAAUAUACAAAGAAAAAGUUCACGAAUCAAAGUCAAGAGUAGAAUAUAAAGUAAAAAGGUCAUUUAAAUAUGUCUACAGUGCUCCAUGCAUAGUGUUUGAUGUCUGUGUCUAUAAAGGUUGGUGCAAAACCCGGAGUCAAUAAAGUCUGCAUACAA